GAAUCUAAAUAGAGAUGAACUGCAGUCAUUUGUUCCCAGUUCAAGGAGCAGAAUGAACAGAAACAAAAUGUCAGUCAACGGCAAGCAACUGUCUACCAACACUUUUGCAGCCAGGAAGCCACCUCCGUCCACGACUGCGCUCAGAAUAGUUUUGCUUGGGAAGACCGGCAGUGGAAAAAGCUCCACUGCCAACUCCAUCUUGGGUCGUAAGGCCUUUGACUCAAUGGGUUACAGCUCUUCCGUCACGCAGCACUGUCGCAGUGUCAAUGGAGAUGUUCGUGGGAAGCACCUGGUACUCGUGGACACCCCAGGCCUGCUGGACACUCAUCAGACUCUGCAGGAUGUGCAAAGGGAGCUAAGGAGAAGUGUCAGCCUCCUGUAUCCUGGGCCCCAUGUAGUCCUACUUGUUAUUCACAUUGGGAGGUUCACUCAGGAGGAGAAGGAGGCAGUGCGGCAGUUCAAACAGGCGUUGGGCUCUAAGGCUCUGGAUUUUACAGUUGUGGUUUUCACCCAUGGCGACCUUCUGCAGAAAGGAACAUCUGUGAAGGAGUGUCUGAUUGACAGGUGCAGAGAUCUCGCUGAGCUGGUGGAUGAAUGUGGGGGCAGGUACUGUGUCUUCAACAACCACAACUCCAAGGACAAGGGGCAGGUGUAUGAGCUGCUCACCAUAGUGGACACCCUGAUGCAGAGUAAUGAAGGAAGUUACUACACCAGCAAGGUUCUCCAAAAAGCAGAGGAAGAGCUGGCGCUGGAGCUGCAGGAGGAGAGGAGGCUGCAGAAUGAGAAGGAGGAGCUUGAAAAAAAGAAACAGGAGGCUGCAAUAAAAGAGUGGUAUGAAGGAGAGCUGGAAAUUGUUCUGCAAAAUACGAAAAGAGUGAUAGAGAAGCUGAAGAAAGAACGGGAGCUGGAGAAGCAAGAAGAUGAGAAACUGGUAAGACAACGAGUGGAGGCCUUUAAACAAGAGAUUGGGGAAAAUAACAGGAAGGAGAAGGAGGAGAGAGAGAUACAGGAGAUGAUGAGAAUAACGGAGAUACGUCAAGAGGAGGAGAAGAAGAGGGAAGCUCUUCAAGAAAAGCUUGACAUGGUUACAAAACUCCUGGAGGAGCAAGCUAAGCAGGAGGAGAAAAAUAGAAGAGCAAUGGAGGAGAAGAUGCAAAAGGAUAGAGUGGAAAACCUGAUGAAAGAGGAAGCUUUGCAGAAACAGCUGGAGAAACUCAUCAUUAGCUUGGAGCAGCAGAGACGGAAAGAAGAGGAGGAAGAAAAGCGAAUGGAGGACAUGCUCAGGAAUGAAAGGGUUAAGAAUCGGCGAGAACUGGACAAACACACGGAAAACCACAGAACAGAGGAAAGGAAGACCGAGGCUCUGAGCAACGAGCUAAAAGUUAUCAAGAUGACGAUGGAGAAACAUAAAGCACACGAGGAAAGUCUCAAGAAACACCUGGAGGAGAUACUACAGUGCGUGAGAGAAAGCUAUUUCAAAGUAAUCUCUAUGUUGCAAAAACAGUGUGACAAAAAGUGUCCAGAGAUGUGCGAUCAGACAGACAACAUGUGUUCUGCAAAGAAAAACAGAGUGUUGACAACUGUGACUGGAUAUGCACAAGAGAUGGGGCUGGUGGGCCUGAACGCAGCUUUAGGGAGUAUUGGAGUUCACAUUUUGCAGUAACGGCAUGAAUAUUUAUACUGACAGCAUUUACAGUAUUUAACUCUGUUGUGAUUGUAAAAUUACAAUUAUUAUUCGAUUGAACCACUAACUCACAGUUAAGGAGAGGAAAUAAAUGAAUGCCACAUGAAAAGCAAUUUUCAUUUCAACAAAUGGAUGUAAUUCCAGUGUGUCCUAGAUCAGCAAAUCCACAAAAAUAGUGGGAGAUAAUCUGAUUAUGAGCUCCCCGCCCUCUGCUUCAGACUCUGCCUCUGACUCCAUCAUCUAAAUCUGUAUUUACACAAAACACUUUUUACCAUUACAAUUUCAGUCUUCCUCGCUGAUGCUGUAACGUUAGCCAUAUGUGCCCAUAAAUGUGUGUGUGUGUGUGUGUGUGUGUGUGUGUUUGUGUUUUACUCAUGUUGUGGGGACCUGAAUAAGAACAUUUUAAGGUGGUUUAUCUUACUUAUAGGAACACAGGCAAUGUGCUAGUAUGUAUAUCGUUAGAAUUUAAGAUUAAGGUUUUAAGGCUUAGGUUUCAAUUAGGUUUUGGUUAAGGUAAUAUAAGACAUGUACUGGAUAUGUGAUGUAAAUAAAUAUAAUAUCUCCUGAA